CUCCCUCCCCCACAAUCCUCCAUUCCCAGACCAGAACCAGAGCAAGCUCGGAGCACCGCUCCCCCGCCCCGCCCCGCCCAGCAAAGUUCCAUCGCGAAGCCGCGCCGGGAACGCCGUCCAGCCACGCCACGCGCGAUGAGCUUCUCGUCGGCGUGCAAGCAGCAGGUGCUGGGCGCCGGCGGCGAGGAGGCGAGGGAGGAGGAGGGGGCGAUGGAGCUCAUCCCCGGCCUGCCGGAGGAGGUGGCCGAGAAGUGCCUCCUCCACCUCCCCUUCCUCUACCACCGCCUGUUCCGCACCGUCUCCUCCAACUGGAACCGGUUCCUCACCGACGCGCCGGGGGCCGCCGCCAAGGGCUCGGCUCCGCCGGCGGCGACGGCGACCGUGUCCCUCUCACUGCCGUUCCUCUUCGCCUUCGCCUUCGACCCCGUCUCGCGCCGCCUCCAGUGCCAGGCGCUCGACCCCUUCUCCCGCCGCUGGCUGCUGCUGCCCCCGGUCCCCUGCGGCGCCGCGGCCGGCUCGUUCGCGGUGGUGGGCCUCCCCGCACGCGGCGAGAUCUACGUAAUCGGCGGCGUGGAGGAGGGCGGCGACAAGGCCGUGAGCAGCGUGGCCGUGUACAGCGCGGCGACCAACCGGUGGGGGCAGGUGGCCGGCAUGAGGACGGCGAGGGGGUACAUGGCGGCCGGCGAGGUGGGCGGGCGCGUGGUGGUGGCCGGCGAGGACGGCGAGGCGGAGGUGUUCGACCCGGAGUCGGCGCGGUGGUCGCCCGCAGCUCCCCGGGGCGGCGCGGCCGUGGCGAGGUACGACGCGGCGGCGGCGGGCGGGAAGCUGUACGUGACGGAGGGGUGGGCGUGGCCGUUCGAGCGCGCGCCGCGGGGCGCGGUGUACGACGCGGCGGCGGACGCGUGGUCGGACAUGGCCCGCGGGAUGCGGGAGGGGUGGACGGGCUCCUGCGCCGUGUCCGGCGGCCGGAUGUACAUCGUGGCCGAGUACGGCGAGUGGCGGCUGAAGCGGUACGACGAGCCGCGCGACGAGUGGCGGAUGGUGGCCGGCGGCGGGGUGCCGCAGGAGGUGCGGCGGCCGCACGUCGUCGCGGGCCAGCUGGAGGAGGUCGGCUGCGGCAGGCGCAGGAUCUACGUGGUCGGCGCGGGCCUCGACGUCGCCGUCGGCACCGUGUCCGCCGUCCAGAGCGGCGCGGCGGAGGAGGAGCGGGUGGAGUGGGAGGUCGUGAAGGGGCCCGAGGAGUUCGUCGGGCUCGCGCCCUGCAACGCGCAGGUCCUCUACGCCUGAGACGGACGCCAACCUCGUCGGCGCCGGUCACCGGCGGGAGAAAGGGAAAGGAGACCCGACCCUGGGCCCGCAUGUCAGUUACCAACGCCUCCGUCAUCACCGAGCUAGUAGCUCACUGCUGACGCCGCAGGCCCGCAGUGGUCGGGCGGCUACUAGUGCUGCUAGUACAGCCAGCCGAGCGCACGGGCGGGCGGCGAGGCCUGCCAUGCGGGCCCCCGGCAUCAGCCGCCGGUGCGAGAGCAGCCGAGCGUGCCCUUUAUGCCUGCUGAGCAGAGCAGAGCAGAGCAGGGAGGAAGCGUGCGUGCGUGCGUGUAAAGAGCAAAAUGAUUACACCUGCAGCAAUGGCUCGUAGUAGUCCACCAGACUUUAUUUCCCGCUUUAUCAGAGCAUUUUCCGCUUGCGUUUCGUACCA